UCCUUCGAUCUUUUUCUCUGAUCCAAGCUUUAGGGUUCUCUUCUCUCUUUUCUUAUCUACAUGGAGAACGCCAAAGAAUCUAACCAUGGCAACAAACCCAACGAAGAAAACCCUAACCCUAACUCCGAGUCCGAACCGGAACCCGAAUCCAUCCCCUCAUCUCGACAGCCUUCCCGCGCGCCCUUCACCAGCCUCAGCCAAGUUGAUGCCGAUCUGGCCCUCGCCCGUACACUUCAAGAACAGGAAAGGACGUAUAUGAUGCUUAGAAUGAAUGGCGGUGAUGGAAGCGGUUAUGGAAGUUCUGAUAGUGGUGGUUAUGUUUAUGAAGAUGAAGCUAGUGAUGAUCCGAAUGAUGAUGGGAAUGAUGCUGGGAGCAUUGAUGAUAGUGAAGAUGCAUUCGAUGUGCAUGGCCGGGCCCCCAGUGAGGAUGAAUUGGGUGUGGAGAUCGACCCGUCAGCGUUUGAUAGUGAUGAGGCAUAUGCGAGGGCCUUUCAGGAUGCAGAGGAGCGAGAAGUUGUUUUUCGCUUGAUGGCCCUUGCCGGCAUCAAUGAUUGUGAGUUCACUCGAACUCUGGUAUUUUAA